AAACAGUCUACAGAGAAAUUGACACGCGGCAAUUUGUGCGAAACAGAGCGCUAAAGCCCUAAAGGUGUACGAGAGAAUAAGAUACGAGACACAUACAUAUAAAGGAAAUCCAUCAAAUACCAGACAGUUCAUUUUUUUGUUGUUGUGAAUUAAAAUAAGAAGCAAAGCGCGAGCCGCGAGUGAAGAAAGUAUAUAAAAGUAUAUACACAAUACACAGAAUAAUAAGAAAAUAAAAAAAUAAAAAUGGCCGAAGCUAAUAAGAGAAAUAUUCCCAUCAAAAUGGGUGACUUCAGCGUUAUCGACACGGAAUUCAGCAGCAUACGCGAACGUUUCGAUUCCGAGAUGCGUAAAAUGGAGGAGGAGAUGGCCAAGUUCCGUCACGAAUUGAUGAAUCGUGAGGCCAAUUUCUUUGAAUCAACCAGCUCUACUAAAAAAACUACAACAACAACCAGCUCAACAACAAACUCGGCGCUGCCAUCACGAGUCCCAUCCAAGCAACAGAACUAUGUUUCCGAUAUUAGUUCACCCUUAAUACAGGAUGAGGGCGAUAAUAAAGUAUUGAAAUUGCGUUUCGAUGUUAGUCAAUAUGCCCCAGAGGAAAUUGUUGUCAAGACGGUCGAUCAGAAACUUUUGGUGCAUGCCAAGCAUGAGGAGAAAUCGGACACAAAGAGUGUAUAUAGGGAAUAUAAUCGUGAAUUUUUACUGCCCAAGGGUGUUAAUCCCGAGUCGAUCAGAUCGUCCCUAAGCAAGGAUGGUGUUCUAACUGUGGAUGCCCCAUUGCCAGCCCUUACUGCCGGCGAGACACUGAUUCCGAUUGCGCACAAGUGAAAAACACAAAAAGGAAAUCCUUCCCCCACCACCACCACCAUCCAUCUCCCCAGUUAACUUACCACUAAAAACCGCCAGUACCAGUAGCGCAGCAACCAGAAAUGGAGAUCAGAUCAGAUUACAUUCACCCUCACACACACAAACACACCAUACACACAUAUACAUACACUGGUUUACUACGUGCACUACAUCUUUCUUAUAUAUUUUUUUCCUCUCUGUCUUUAUAUAUGAAAAACAAAAAAAAAAAUCAAAUACUGACUUACUACUCAUAAUUAACUUAAAUGUAAUAAAAAAUUAUUAUUAAAUUUGAUUUAAAUUUAUUCAUAUUUAUAAUUUGUCGCAAUUAAACGCAAUCAAUAAUUUGUGUUGUAGUUCCAUUCUUAUUUCCCUUUUUUUCUAUCCCCAAAUGCAAAGCCCACAAUAAAU